UGUGAGUGUUGGAAAGCAUGUUAAAGGCUACCAUUACAUCAUUGCAAACCUGGGAUUCAAAGAUAUUUCUUUGGAGAGGUUUAUGCACGGAGGAGCCAAUGUAACAGGAUUUCAGUUAGUAGAUUUCAGUACUCCUAUGGUAACUAAACUCAUGCAGCGCUGGAAGAAGCUGGAUCAGAGAGAAUACCCAGGAUCUGACAGCCCUCCAAAGUACACAUCUGCUCUGACCUAUGAUGGGGUACUUGUGAUGGCUGAAACAUUCCGUAACCUUAGAAGGCAAAAAAUUGAUAUUUCACGGAGAGGGAAUGCUGGUGAUUGUCUUGCUAAUCCUGCUGCACCAUGGGGCCAGGGGAUUGAUAUGGAAAGAACACUCAAACAGGUUCGAAUACAAGGGCUAACCGGAAAUGUUCAGUUUGACCACUAUGGUCGCAGAGUCAACUACACAAUGGAUGUAUUUGAGCUGAAGAGCACAGGCCCUCGUAAGGUUGGUUACUGGAAUGACAUGGAUAAAUUAGUUUUGAUUCAGCAUGAACCUUCUCUUGGAAAUGAGUCAGCCAUUGAGAAUAGAACCGUAGUUGUAACUACAAUUUUGGAAGCCCCAUAUGUUAUGUUCAAGAAAAAUCAUGAUACAUUUGAAGGGAAUGACAAGUAUGAAGGAUACUGUGUAGAUCUGGCAUCAGAAAUUGCAAAACAUAUUGGUAUCAAGUACAAAAUUGCCAUUGUCCCUGAUGGAAAAUAUGGAGCAAGGGAUCCAGAGACAAAAAUCUGGAAUGGGAUGGUGGGAGAACUUGUUUAUGGGAAAGCAGAGAUUGCUGUUGCACCUCUGACCAUCACUUUGGUACGAGAAGAGGUCAUUGAUUUUUCUAAGCCUUUUAUGAGUUUGGGGAUAUCCAUAAUGAUAAAAAAGCCCCAGAAAUCUAAACCAGGAGUGUUUUCCUUCUUGGACCCUUUGGCGUAUGAGAUCUGGAUGUGCAUAGUCUUUGCCUACAUUGGUGUCAGUGUGGUCCUGUUCCUAGUUAGCAGGUUUAGCCCAUAUGAGUGGCACACAGAAGAACCAGAGGACGGGAAAGAAGGACCCAGUGAUCAGCCUCCCAAUGAGUUUGGCAUAUUCAACAGCCUCUGGUUUUCCCUGGGUGCCUUUAUGCAACAAGGAUGUGAUAUUUCCCCAAGAUCCCUCUCAGGUCGCAUUGUUGGAGGUGUUUGGUGGUUCUUCACACUCAUCAUUAUUUCAUCAUACACUGCUAACCUCGCUGCUUUCUUGACUGUUGAGCGAAUGGUCUCGCCCAUAGAAAGUGCAGAAGACCUUGCCAAACAAACCGAAAUUGCAUAUGGAACACUGGACUCAGGGUCAACAAAAGAAUUCUUCAGAAGAUCAAAAAUAGCAGUGUAUGAAAAGAUGUGGACCUACAUGAAAUCAGCAGAGCCAUCAGUGUUCACUAGGACUACAGCUGAGGGAGUAGCCCGUGUUCGCAAAUCCAAGGGCAAGUUUGCCUUCCUCCUGGAGUCCACCAUGAACGAAUACAUUGAACAGCGAAAGCCGUGUGACACCAUGAAAGUGGGCGGAAAUCUGGAUUCGAAAGGCUAUGGAGUAGCCACACCCAAGGGUUCUCCAUUAAGGUGGGUGGAAUAG